CAUACACACUGAGAAUAGCACAGAUGUUUCACCCUCAUUUCUACAUCAUUAUAAAGGUGAGCCACGGACACGGUCAAGCCAGCACCCAUACCACCUUCGCCACGUACAGGACACCUUCACACACGCACGUCAUGUUGUGGAUAACUUCUUUGUCUCUCUUGCUUUCUCUCCAGUUAAUCUCUGGAACAUCAAUGGAGGAACUGCAAGAUGAGAGAGCGGACCCAGCAACGACACCACCAACAACAAUACCACCACCGGGCAAAUGCGAGCCUGACUGCUCCUCUGCUAAAGAUGGCGACAAAGUGGAAAACCCUAAAGAUUGCCACCAGUAUUACGUGUGCUUUGGUGGCAGCGACCCUAUCGGCCCCGUGGACUGCCCUGACGGUCAGUAUUUCAACCGUAGUGCCAGUGACUGCGUGAAAAAUGGCCCUGAGGAAUGCCAGCCGUCAUGUGGAGGGGUGAGUAGCAGCUGUACCUAUGAAUGUGGAGCUGGUAUCGCCCUCAGAGCAGACAGAUAUGACUGUUCCACGUACCAUGACUGUGGUAGCGGCGCCAUGAUGCAGUGUGACAAGGACAGGCCGUUCUUUAAUGGGAAGUCGUGCCAGAGUGACGAGAGUAAGUGCUGUCACUGCAACCCUUACUGCUACACAGACGACAAGAAGGUAGUGGACCCAACGGACUGCACUAAAUUCUACUACUGUAUCAAAGCCAAUGCGAUCCCAGAGUUACCUGGCCAUUGCUCCGCUGGAAACUUUGACCUCUUCACGCAGGAGUGUUCCCUCAGCGCGCCCUGCCUCACCCUCUGCACCAAUGUUGUCAAACCAGACGGCUGCAUCCACACCUACACCUGUGAAGUGAGCGGUUACUUCCCUGCCUGCCCUCACAAGUGCACGCCUGACUACUACCACUGCCUCCUUGAAGACAUCGGUUCCAAUGUGCCAGUUGUCUCUUGCGCUCUGGACACUGUGUUCCACCCCAUUGACAGAAAGUGUGUCGACCCUUCCCAGUGUUCCAUUAAGCACACUUGGCACUGAGACCCCACACACACACACACACACACACACACACACACACACACACACACACACGUCUUGCAAUAUCUAAGCAGGCUGGUUAUUUGUGUGGGCAGAUGAGAUGAAUGUCCACAAAUGUCCACUAUUGCAGGUGUAGCAGGCAGAGCAUUAGAGAGAGAUUGGAAAUAGUUGAAAAUAGGAAGAUAUAGAAAUGUAACAAAAGCAAGCUAAUAUACACACUGGAAUGAACAAGAGGAAGGGGAGACGAAGAGAAGCUGAAUAGAUGUGUAUUGAGACCUCUGUUUACUACACACACACACACACACACACACACACACACACACACACACAGAUAUAACAAGGCAUGACUAAAGUGUGGAAAUUAUAAAAAAAAAAAAUUAAAUAAAUGGACUUAAAAAAAAAAAAAAAAAAACAAGAGAUUAGUUUUUGUUAUUUUUAGUGUGUUUGUUGUUUUGGUAGUGAAGAUCCUGCAAUGCUUAAUAAACUGUAUGCAAAGUU